AUGAUUAUAUAUUUGGCUAUUAAUUAUGAUCCUGCUUUAAUUAAAGCAUUGGGAUCCUCGGAUAAACAAAAAGCAGAGACAGAUUAUUCCUUACAAGAGUCUUUUUUGUGUCAACUUGUUUGGGAUUCAUCAGUCUAGGCACUGUAGUAUACUCAAUUUAUUUGCUAAUCUCAGAAAUAUUCUUCAAUUAUGGAUGCAAUGAUAUUCAAGUUCUACAGGGUUACUACUUGGUUCUUGUAGUUGUAUCUAUAGGAUCCUUAAUCUUACCAAUACUAUCAUCAAUUUGUUUAUUGCCAUAGAAUAUAUUCAAUGCAGCCUUAACAAUGA